UGUGUGCACCGGGGCUUUGAGGUGACAGUGGGCUAGCUUUCACACAACAAGGAAGUGGAGGACAUGUCGCUCAACUGAAGGCACAAACAAAGACGAAACCGUCGAAUUUCUCUCCGAGAUAGGCUCCCCAGCAGGAAUAGAGUGAAAGGGGCUCUUUUUGAUCGGCUUCCUCUGAGGUGGGGAUGAGGCAAGGCAGCGCCAGCAUGUUUGUGUGGUCCCGAUCAGCCUCCUCAGCGUGAGCCCACAUCCGCUGCCCGUCACCGUCAUUAUCAAUAUUUGUGCCCAAACAUGGCCACUGUUCCUCCUGGGAUCCGCCUGCUGGUGUCCUUCGACAGAGACCAGUGGUAUAGAGCUCUCACUUUCAUCCUCACCUUUCUCCUCUACACCAGCUUCCACCUCUCCAGGAAACCCAUUAGCAUCGUCAAGAGUGAGCUCCAUAAGAACUGCUCCUCAGUCAAUGAGCUCGCCACCAUGGCCUCCAGCAGCAGCAGCCAGCAGCCCUCACUGCCGUCGCUCCACACGGGCACAGACUGUAGCUGGAAGCCUUUUGAUAAAAGGAACUACAAACAACUGCUGGGAGCCAUGGACUACUCCUUCCUCUGUGCCUAUGCGGUGGGAAUGUACCUCAGCGGCAUCAUUGGGGAACGCGUGCCCAUUCGACUGUACCUGACCGUGGGCAUGCUGACCAGCGGCCUGUUCACCUGCCUGUUUGGACUGGGUUAUGUCUACAACAUUCACAAUCUGGGUUUCUAUAUAUUUGUGCAGGUGGCCAACGGCUUGGUCCAAACCACUGGCUGGCCCAGUGUAGUGACCUGCAUCGGCAACUGGUUUGGUAAAGGAAGGCGUGGACUCAUCAUGGGGCUGUGGAACUCUCACACCUCAGUUGGAAACAUCCUGGGCUCUCUGAUCGCCGGCUACUGGGUUUCUUCCAACUGGGGCCUGUCCUUCAUCGUACCGGGGCUCAUCAUCGCCGUCAUGGGCAUCGUCUGCUUUUUCUUCCUCAUUGAGCAUCCAAAUGACCUGAAAAGCAUGUAUGCUCAUAAUUCUUCUCCAAGCAAGAACCAGGUUCCAACCAGGAGUUGGAACGGCGUAAAUGGACAGACUGAAGUGUAUCUACAAUACAAGGACAACAAAACCCAGAGUUACGACACAGAGCUGCUGUUGCCAAGAGACGGUGUGUGUGUCCCCAUGCAGCCGGUCGUGGUGGUGAAGAGGGAAUUGGAGCCAUCCGCCAUCAGCUUCAUGGGAGCUUUACGCAUACCGGGAGUGAUCGAGUUCUCUCUGUGUCUGCUGUUUGCCAAGCUUGUCAGCUACACCUUUCUUUUCUGGCUGCCGCUCUACAUCACCAAAGCAGCUCACCUUGAUGCCAAGAAGGCUGGAGAUCUCUCCACCCUGUUUGACGUGGGAGGAAUAGUGGGGGGGAUCUUGGCAGGAGUGAUCUCUGAUAAACUGGGGAAGAGAGCCACCACCUGUGCAGUCAUGUUACUGCUGGCUGCUCCUACACUGUACGGCUUCUCUAUGAUCAGUGAGUUGGGUUUGGGGCCGACCGUAGGCAUGCUGUUGGUGUGUGGAUGCCUCGUCAAUGGACCGUACUCCCUCAUCACAACUGCAGUAUCUGCUGAUUUGGGGACCCACAAGAGCCUGAAAGGCAAUGCCAGAGCGUUGUCUACUGUCACUGCCAUCAUCGAUGGCACAGGAUCUGUAGGCGCAGCACUGGGCCCCCUGCUGGCUGGGCUGCUGUCUGCAGGUGGCUGGGAUCGGGUCUUCUACAUGCUGAUGACUGCUGACUUCCUUGCCCUGUUGAUUCUGCUCCGGCUUGUGGCAAAGGAGCUGACCUCCACCAAGUCCCGCCCCAUCUCCACUGUAGAGUUGAAGGAGCACUGAGCACUUUGAUUGCACUGCCUUCACGUAAGAGCACACACACACCGGCACACACACACACACACACACACACACACACACACACACACACACACACAGGCCCACGUUAAUAAACGUGUGCUGUGCCAGCUGCAGUAGCUCACUGUACUAGCGUCCCCGAGGAAGAGCUGAAGCUGGCUGGUGAACCAAAAAGAAGUGCAGCAGCAGGAGGAUUCAUCUUCACUACUCAACUUUCCUUUUCUCAACUCUUCUGCUAUUGACCUUUUGUUUCCUAUGGCAGACAGUCUGAGCUUGACCCCCAACAAAUGGUAACAGCUGAAAUGUGUGCAGGUGUUUGUAAGUCAACUUACAUUUGAUGUUAACUUCUAGCAACCGCCAUGGCAGCUUCACAUGAACGCUCAGUAAUGAAUGUUCUGUAUCUUUGAGAUGAUUACUCAAAACGUCAACCCCUUUCACACAUGGAAAGGUCCCCUGUAGAGUUUCUGAUCUCUACUAAUUUAGUGUAGAGACAAUAUAAAUCAAAUAUCAGCACACUAUUGACCUGGUUCUUUUAAAAAAGAAAGAAUGAAACUUUCCUACUCUCUGUGGACAAAUGAGUUCGAUACGCUGUAUCUGGAAGGAGCACAAACCAAGACCACUACAACUCUCCUCUGUGUGGAAGUUGCUGUUUCAGAGUCUUCUUUGCCUUACUGAACCAAAGACAUUGUGCCCACCAUGUUAAUGUAAUUUAAUUAAGAGACUAAUUGUUGGUUUUGUGAAGGCUUCCGAUUUUUUUCUGAAAUGAAGGCACCAAAGGUGUAUUUUUAUAUAUAUAUAUAUAUAUAUAUAUAUAUAUAUAUAUAUACGACAGAUGCAGAUAGUGAUGUAUGUUUUCUGUGGGCGAUGAUCUGAGCUAUUAUGAAUGUAAUGUUCUUGUCGAACUUUUCAAACCUCAUAAGGAUAUGUUUUUCAGUGCAAUGUUGAUAACUUUGCUUUGUAAGUUGUCAAUAGUGACUGAAUCUUAUCUUCCAAUGUAUGAUUUUGUAACCAUAAACAAAUGAUAUCAAUGAAAAUCUGAACACUAAGAUAAAAAACAAAAAAAAACAAAUUUCCUGACAAAAUGUAUUCUCUGUAAAUUGUAUCAAAGUAAAAUCCACUAAAUAUCUAUGUAAUUUAAUAUUGUGAACAUAUUCAUUCUUUAUUCACUUAUCAUAAUGCAUUACUUAGAACAAGACCACAGUUGGUGUAUAUUUAUUAUGUGUCAGUGGUAGGCCUAGUACUUGAAACAUUGUGUGCCUUAUUUGUUGAUUGUCUUUUUUCCAGGCACUUGCUUUUGUGAAGAAAUAACAUAUCCAAAUGUUUACUUGCUUUAUUUGGAAUAAACAAUAAACAAAUUGUUUUCUCA